AUGAAGGCUCUUCGACGAUCUAUCAAAGGCGACAAGGAUAAAAGCCAGAAUGCCGUCACGCCAAAGUCGGCUGUCGCCAUUGUACCUCCAAAAAAGGUCAUCCGAGCACUCUACGAUUACACAGCGCGCUCCUCUCAGGAGCUGAGCUUUUCCGUAGGCGACUUCUUCCAUGUUAUCGGCCGCGAGGACGACCCAGACUGGUACGAAGCAUGCAAUCCCGCCCUCCCAGAUGCCCGUGGCCUGGUACCCGUCGCAUUUUUCCAGGCUCUCGGACGAACCGAGCGAGAUAGCGCGCAAUCCGAAGGAAGCGCCAUUCGCCCGCCCACAGCCAACAAGACCCCGGACCACGACUCCGGCUACAGCGAUGCCUCACCCACUAGCGCUGCGCCUACCCAGCGUCUCUCCAAAUCUGGCAGCAGGGGCGGCGCCAUGGUCUACGGCAUCGUCAUGUAUGAUUUUGUCGCCGAACGAGCAGACGAGCUCAACGCCAAAGCCGGCGAGGCUAUCAUCGUUAUUGCCCAGUCUAACCCGGAGUGGUUCGUCGCCAAGCCCAUCGGAAGACUCGGCGGCCCCGGUCUUAUCCCCGUCUCAUUCAUCGAAAUUAGGGACAUGGCCACUGACAGGGCUAUUGUCAACCCUGGCGACGCCAUCAAGCAGGCCGGCGUGCCCCGUGUUGAGGAAUGGAAGAAGAUGGCGGCCGAGUACAAGAACAGCAGCAUCACGCUCGGAAAGUUUGAGGCUGGCCAGCAACAGAUGGAGCAGGGCAUGAACCGCCUCAGCCUCCAGCAGCAGGCCGAGGGCCAACUUUCCCGCACACAGUCCCUACAGCAAGCAGCUCGCCAAGUCGACAACUCCACCUCCGAUCUUUACGCCCCGAUCCAGGCUCGAAUUCCCCGCUACUGCUUCGCCGAGGAAAAGUACUGGUUUGUAAUCGAGGCCAUGUUGGAGGACGGUCGACACUGGGAGCUGUCACGAUACUACGAAGACUUUUACGACUUUCAGAUUGCCCUGCUCACAGAAUUUCCCACCGAGGCUGGCAACACGGGAUCGCAAAAACGAACACUACCAUAUAUGCCUGGACCUGUCAGUUAUGUUACCGACGCCAUUACCGAAGGCCGCUUGCACAACCUCGACGCAUAUGUCAAGAACCUGCUAGGCCAGCCCCCUUACAUCUCGCGCUGCACACUCGUCAAGCAAUUCUUCGCGCCUCGAGAGGGCGACUAUGAAAUGGAUGGCAACCCCAACGGCCAGGAUUAUAGGGAUUCGCAAGUAUCCCGCCAGUCGUCAGCUGAAUCACCCAGAAAUGGCAACUCGAGAAACGGGUCUAGAAGUAACCUGAGCGGUGGCGGCCCUGGUGCACUUCCAUCGGGGCCCCGUCAAAUCAGCGGAUCAGGACCAGCUGGCCAACCACAACAACUCAUCAAGGUCAAGAUGUACUACGGCGACGACCUCAUUGCCCUACGAGUGCCCCGAGUCGAUACACGCGUAGACAAGGAUGCCCAGUUCAAGAAGCUCCAAGCCGUCAUUGCAACUCGCCUAGAUGUGUCAGACCGAGACGAGCUUCAACUCUUUGCCCUAAACGAGCAAACGAAACAGCCGAGCAACUUGAUGAGCGCUUACGACCUCGAGACUGUUCUUGGCAAAUCGGACAAGCUGCUGCUACGCGCCGAGGUGCUGCGCAGCUAG